AUGGCUUGUGAAAACAACCAACCUUCUCUCCGAGUCGUUAUCAUUGGUGGCUCUAUCACCGGACUCACCCUCGCCCAUUGCCUGGACAAGGCUGGGAUCGAUUACGUCCUGCUUGAGAAGCAUCAGGACAUUCUGGCCAGUUUGGGCGCAUCCGUUGCUCUUCAACCCCCCGGCUGCCGUAUUCUAGACCAACUUGGCGUCUUCGACCGGCUCAAACAAUGCAGACAUGACUUGGACAAGUACCAACUGGCGCUUCCGGGAGACUUCAAGUUCGAUAUCACAGCGCCUGGUUUCUACACUGCGGGGUAUCUCCUUGGUAUUCCACUGUGCUUAUCAAACCUAACUAACACCGGUCAUUGGUCCAGAAUGGGCUAUCCAGUAACGGCAAUCACCCGGCGAAAUCUUCUCCAUGCUCUAUACACGUCGCUAGAGGACCUGUCAAAAGUCAAGACGGGCACUCGAGUUAUCAAGAUCGACCCGAGUUCGAGUUUAGAUCCCCACGGGCCAUUGAAGGUGACCACCGAGUUCGGAGAGCAGUAUACAGGGGACGUGGUUGUGGGUGCCGACGGGACUCACGGUGUUGUUCGCGAUGCGAUGUGGCGGACGGCGGAAACCUCGACUCGAGGACCGAACCCGGGUCUAGAACAAGACAAACGCAGCAUGCAAGUCGACUACUACGCGAUCGUGGGCAUGACCGGGUCAGCUGAGGAGGUUGCUCAAGCCCUGCCACCAGGCCCGCUGUACUUGCGUUCCCACCCUCAUUGCUUGUUCAUGGUGAUUCCGUACCCAGACACCACGAUUACCUGGUUUGCGAUCAUCAAGACAGAUCGCACAUACAUCCACCCUGACGUCCCAAGCUGGUCGCAGGAAGACGUCGCCGCCAAGCUCGAACAGCUCGGCGACUACACCAUUCGACCGCAGGUCACCUUCCGCGAUCUUUGGCAGAGAACAUCCUCGAUUACAUCGACUGCAUGCCACGAAGGGCUCCUGCAGACCUGGUCAGCUGGCCGCAUGACGUGCAUCGGCGAUGCAGCUUUCAAGUGCAUUGUCCGAGUACUAUGUGCCGCUGCGGAACCGACUCUGCGGGAUUUGCAUGUACUCCCACCGGGCUUCCCGGUCGCAGUCGCUCGAAACUUUGGCUGGCUGGCUUAUGCUCCGCUUCAUCAGCCCCCUCAUCGGGCGCCUCUCGUAUUACCUCAACCUACUCUACAUGGAGACCGCCGUGACGCUGGAUUACCUGCCGCGCCCGCUGCGCGACCGAAAUGCUGCGGGGGGACGGGAACGUGA